UGGAAGACAGAGUAGCAUCUGAGAUUCAGCUGGUCUGUGUGCUACUUAUUCUUCUUUAUUGCUAUUCAAUGGGAAAGAAUUUUGACAUGAUUUUUCGCUGAAAUAUUUUCCAUUGGGCCAAGCACAACAAGGCGGUGUUGUACACUGUUUAAAAGAAAACAAAAAACCAAAGAUCUGAACUGAGGGGGAGGAACGAAGAAUAGAAGCACGUUCAUGUUGAAAGCAUGAGGUGGCUCUUAGGCAGCAGUUGGAAGAAAUUUGGACAUGCCGACCGGGGAAGCUAUGACUGGUUAACAAGUGACCCAGGCGCACCAUUGCUAGAAACACAACUACAGGGUCAGCAUAAAGUAAGCUCAGCCAAAGAAGACAUAGAACCAUUCUUAUGCAUCAUACUGCCUGCUACCAUGAUGCUUUUUUUGGCAUUCCUAUUGCUCUUCCUCUACAGACGUUGUCAGCAUCGCAGCCCCCAGGCUCAGAUCUUCAGCAUUGACCUCCCAGAGUCCCUUCCUGAGCACGAAGUGACUGAUUUCCUGUCAGUGCUGCCCUGGAGCAGCGAGCAGAACUUUCACUAUUCCACUCUCUUGCCUGAAACCAGCUUUCUCAGUGUGUGCUUACCUCCAUCCUAUGAGGAGGCCACCAUGAAGACCUCUGUGGAAGGGGAUCACAUUCAACUCUUUCAGGAUCCAGUGCCUCCUUAUGAAGAGAGCAAACCACAGUAAACCCAGGGGGGGGGGAAUCUUUUGGUUGAGGUUUCCAUCCUGUUGUGGAUUUAAAACAAGGCAAAACCCAAACGAGUGAACAGCCACAAGCACAAAUGAGCUUCAGCUGAUAAGUAUGCUUAACCAUGGCAUUUUAGUGGCACUGAAAAUAAAACAACUCCACCAUAUUAUGUGCAGGAUGGAGAGAAAUAUAAAAAAUAAUGCUGCACUUCGGAAUUUUCUUAAGCAUGAUUUUAGAAGAUGGCUGGAUCUGAGUUAUUUGGAUCAUUAUGAGGUCUGAUGAAAAGCAACCAUACUGGAAACAUUUCACACACAUAUACCAAUCAUUAAAAGGGCUUGUACCAUUUUUAAUGCACUAAUUUCUUGAACAUUAACACUUUUGAAUUAUAAAUGAAGAUUCUUUACAAAGCGAAAACACAGACUGUGCAACGAUAACAAGCACAAACCUGAAAAGUGAGACUUCAAAAUGCCUCUUUAUCCAUCUAUGCUAUUUUAAGUGGCAGAUGACCACUGGGGCACAAGCAAGAAUGGUCUAAAUCUCACUACAAAUUCUCGAAAAGAUUCAACCAUUUAUGGAGGAUAAAUCAUAGCACUUGUGGUAAAUAACAGCACAAGAUACUCAUGACCCAAUAUGGCGAAGUCUGCAAAUGAAUGAUUUGUCAUGGUUUUAUAUUUUUUAAUAAAGAGAAGUCCUCCUGACUUUUGGUUCUGUGCAUAAGAUGGAGCAAUUAAAAAAAUAAAUUGUAAAAAAGU